AUGGAUCACUUGUCGGCGACGACGAGUGAUCGUUAUCGAACACGAUUGUUCGAUUCGUCAAGGAUCCAUCACCUUGACCCCAGUGUGAAAAACUAUCGCGCUGAGAACGAUUUCUUUAUCGAUGCUUUCUUUAAACAUCGAUGGUACAGUGGGAAUCACAAACGUGAUGGUCUCUCACUGCUUCAAGCGUGGAACGCCUACAUCCAUAACCUUGAGGAUGUAGGUCGUGACGUUUGGAACGACAAACUUAUCAAAGGUCGUGAUAAGUUUGAAAAGCGAACCCCGACAGGUGCACGCUACAAGCUGCAUCGUCCGUCUAGGGAGAAAGGAUUACCCUGCCUCUCCUGGGGAGACUCGUGCCCAUGUUGUGUGAACAACUCUGCAAGAGCACCUAAGGAGGCUUACCUCCUUACUAGCCCGUGGUGGAGCGUACGUAUCUCUAGUGAGAUGUACGAAGGGAUUGACAACCUGAAAUCCCUUUAUGACCGUGCCGGGAAGACUUUCUCCAGCGAUCCUUCUGCUGCACAGGAUGUGCCGCGUCGUACUGCUCGACCAGACCCAGUACGUCAACCAUCAGUUGGGAGCGGGGCUCCCAAGUAUCCCAGGACGGGGGAUAACCGCGCCAUUGGACGAGGUAACUCGUCCGACAUCCGUUCACAUCGCGGUGGUUCAACAGCUGCUCAAACAGAUAGCGCUGGCCACCGUGAGAGUCCUCUAAUGGAGGUGGAGGAGGAGGAAAAACGCUCUCUAAACUAUCGCGGGGAAGCGUGUGUCCCCGAGAGCUUCUUUGAUCGCGUAACGCAAGGGUUACGCGGCGAUCUCGAGCAUGAGCGGGACAGGCGUCUCCAACUGACGGACACUGUCUUGAAGCAUCGAGCUGAGUUUGCUCAGCUUGAGAACGAGAGAGCUUUGACGUCUCUGCGUGACGAGCUAAGGGUAGCUCGUGGAGAUAUUGACCGGUCUAAGGCUGAGAAAACUGCUCUUCAGACCUUUUUCGAUAUCCACCAACGGGAGCACAAGGCCCUCUGUGAGAUGCUUAAGUGCAAGGGCGUUCUUCAUCGGAAGAAACAGCGUACUGAUGGUACGGCUUAA